AUGGAGGACGCGGCGUACGCCUGUGCCGGAUGCGAUUUUACAACGAUUUUUAUCAGUGUUAUCACUGAUAAGCACUGGGGUCAUUAA